AUGGAGCUGAGCGCUGACGACGACCUCGGCGCGCCACGUCUUGGCCUUGGCACGAGCAGCACCGACGCCCCGAAGACGCUCUACGAUGCACUUCUGAUGCACGUGGCCGCGCGCUUGCAUAUGAAGUUGUGCACGGCCGCUCGGAAGCGCCCGUCCUACGAGGUCGCCAAGAUCACCGAGGCGCUGGUCCAUACGAGCUACGUGGCCGGCGACGCGCUGGACGACGCGACGCAGCGCAUCGUGCGCAUGCUACAAGCCGAGCCAGGCGUGGCGCUCGACGUUGCUGGCAGCUGCUUGCUUUUGGACGCAGGCAAGCUCCGGCCCCUGCACGAGAAGGAUACGCUUAUUGCGCCGAGCGCAGAUGGGCCCGGAGCUGUCAAGGAGAUUGUGCGACGCAUGGCGCGUCAGAUCGCAUUUCUGCCGCUGACCCAAGUCACGAUUGCAGUGGCGGCCAAGAAGGCUAUUGCGGGCUGCACGUCGAUCGGAGGCAAGUGGAUCAAGCGGAGUGUCCUCGAAGGGGUCAUGCAGCUCGGGUGCUUCAAGAAGACGACCAACGCCGACGGCGUCCCUUGCAUCGCGAUCGACCCGACGCGCCUCAACCGCUCCGUGGCGUCCGUUCCCGACCUCAGUUUCCUCCGGCGACUCCCGGCGCAGACGUCUGGCUCGUACGCACCGCCUCCUCCACGCGAGCCGACGCCUCUCGCUGCAACGAGCGCAUCUCACGGCCAAGCAAGCACACUCUACGACGCGCUGAUCGAGCACAUUGUCGUGCACGUUCAUGCCGCAGCGCACACCGCGAUCAGCAAGAAGGCCAAACAGUACAAGGUCAAGAAGAUCACAAAACUGCUCACGAAGGCCGGCUACAUUGACGACGUUCCACGCACGGCCCAGCAGGUUCUGGAAUGCGUCCUGCGCGAUCGCUGCCUCACCUGCGUCGACGGUGCAUCGAUCCUGGCCACGCGCGCCAGUCCUUAUGCCGUCCCCGCUGCAACGCGCCACGGCGUCACGGCUCUCGUGCAGGCGUGGGCAGCAAAGAUUGCGAUCGCUCCGCACGAACUGACAAACCUCCGAGCGCAGCUUCAGAAGGCCGAGCUCGUCGAGGGAUUCGACGGCAUGGCCGAGCAAGCCUUUGACGCCUUGUGUGCCCUUAAGUGCAUGGCCACUGUCCGCAACCACAAGGCGGCCCUCUGCCUCGGCAUCGACCCGUCGCUUGUCCAUCAGUCGCUAACUUUGUUCGUGGACGUGUCGUUUCUGCGCUCUCUGGCGUCGGUCGCGGCGCUAUCCCCCGCGGUGUCCUCUCCGACGUUGCCGCUUUGUCGCCCGGCGCCAGCGCCCGUCACGGCCUCUUCCGCUCCGUCCAGGGAACUUGUGGAUGACGCACGCCGCUCGAAGCAAACGCUCGGCGAUACCCUUCUAUAUGCACUUGCCGAUCACAUUCGUCGUCUGGCGUACGAUGCGAUCCGCGGGGCCAAAGCUCGGUUCAACUUUGCAGCCAAAGUACCGCUGCUCCUGCGCGCGACGCGCUACAUACCGCCGGCUCUGUACACGGAAACGCGCCAAGUUUUGCUUGAAAUCGUGUUGCGCGAUCAAAACUUGGUGUUUGUCAAGCCCCUCUUUGUCGUCUCGCGGGACCAACGCCCGCUGCCACUACUGCCGCCAGCGCGCCAUUGGACGUCCGAGGCAACGCCAGCCGCCAUGCUGCGUGGGCUGCUGAAACCUCUGGCGAUUGCGCCGAUCGCCAUGAUGGAGAUUGCGAGAGCUGCGACGUCGGCGCUUGUCGCCCGCGGCGUCCACGAAGUUGCGACGGCCGUGCCCAAGCUCAUUGCGGACCUCAUGCAGCUCAAGUACGUCGUGGCCACCCAAGGCAAGGACCACGAAAUCUACUUGGCGAUCGAUAUGACGUGCUACCUUCGGCCAGCAGAGGACUUUACCUAUGUGCCAGCACCCGAGUCGUGGCUCGUACAGAGCAUGCCAACAGCAGCUUCAUCUGUACCGAACCCAGUGGCAGAUGACGCACCGAGGUCUUCGUCGUUUUGCUUGUCGAGCAGUGCACCGGAGAGCGUCGCGUCUUCUGGCAUGUCGUCCGCGCUGUCUGUGCCAUCGUCCCCGCUGUCCGCGUCAUCGUCUGCGCCGCCGGCGUUGUGGGCCACGCAGUCUGCUUCGUCUUGUCCGCCGUCCCCUUCGUCGGUGCCGUCGUUGUUGGAGCCGCUGGACAGCGUGGCAUCCGUGGUGAAGACGCACCACGACUCGUUCUUGCCGGCGAUUUUGGCGUGGGUCCGCGAGGACAACCCGUUUUACGUCUCGUACGUCCGCGGCCAAGUCCGUUCCCACCUCCCGAAUGACGUGGAUCUGGACGCAGCGGUCGACGCCGUCGUGACGUCGUUGACGCAGCAUCCCGAGCUCGUCUUCUGCGACAAUGACCGACCGUGUUUUGUCGGCAAAGGGUGUGCUCCGCCCGACGACAUUGUCGUGCAAGCCCCUCCACCAGGGACCUCGGACAACGACGACGACGAAAGCUGCAGCGAGAUUUCAGCCGAAAGCGAAGUGUCGGACGAGUCCGAGCCAGACGCCGAGACGCCGGCUCCAGUGAGCCUGCCACCGACCACUGACAUCUCACCACGACGCGUGAUCGCCGCGUAUGUGCAGCAGGUGGUACAUCAACUUGCCUUGGGCGCCGUCUACGACGUUCCGCUCUUGACGCAUCAGCUGAGCCGCCUCGGCAUCGACGCCGAUGACAUUGACGAUGCCGUCGCUGCUGUCGUGGCCACGCUUCAGUCGAUGCCCAGCGUUGUUAGCACCCACGACGAUCGUGGCGACUGGAGCUUUCGUCAAGACAGUCCAAAACGAUUGGACGAGAAACUUGUACCAGACAAGCAGGCACCGUCGCAGCACGCCGCUGUGACGUGGAAGAGCUCGGCGCCUUGCACGAAGAUCGCCACCACUGCACAGCUGCGUGCGGCGGUCGCGACCGUCGACGUCCUCAACGACCCGACGCACCGUCGCGUCCUGGCCAUUGACGCGUACGGCGAGUGGCCCAAGGUGUUGCUUGUAGUCGCCUGCACCGAAACUACGCUCCUCAUCGACUGCUGCGACAUUCCGAUCGCCGCGCUCGUGGACGCCGUGGGGCCGUCGCUUCGGUCGUCGGUUGUCACCAAGGUGGCGUUCGAUGUGCACCGGUCGGCGGCGCUGCUCUCGUCCUUGGCCGAGUGCUGCGGUCUCGUGGAUUUACAGCUGCUCCUCGAGCACGAGACGGCGCGCUUUGAUGUUUCGUUUGCCGACAUGGUGGCACACGCUGGGCUGCCCGCGCACCCGCACCCGCGGUACCUCGACCGCGCCGAUUUCUUCAACGAGCGGCCACUACGGCCCGAAGCAAUGCAAGCGGCGGCAUCGACGACCCAGCUGCUUCUCCAUGCGUCGGACGUACUCGCGAAAGGUAUUUUUGACAACUUUGCACUGCUGCUAGCGGCGUCGGCCCAGCGCUUGUCGCAUACACACGGCCAGCGCGCACUGUGCUUUGACGCACUGCACGAUCACCGCGUCGUGUCGGCCGAGUACCUCGGUGCGUGGCGGCCCACCGACGUCGCUGCCACCACCCCUGUUGUGGUCCACGAAGACUUGGACGAUAUUUUGGGGUUGCUGCCGAGUGACUUGGUCGCGCCACUGUUGCAGCCGGGUGUCGCGUCCAAGCUGCUCGACAUCGUCUUGGACCUCGGGCGGCGGCCGUGGGCGUGGGUCGAUGGCGCCCGCUGCUUCCUCGACGUCCAGCAUGAAGACCGCGUCGUGACGCGCGACGACCUCGAUGCAAUCGUCGACCGCGUCGGUGGCUUUGGUAGCGACAACCGCGCCGGCCUCGAGCGUCAACUGCACCGCAUCUCGGCGAUUCGCAACCGCCAAGACGUGAUCAUUGCGCUCACGAUCCGCGUCGGUCGAUACAUUGAAGGGCAUGCGGGCUUGAUCGCAGAUCUUCUCGCAAUGGAAGACAAGAGCAUCCUCUUCCUCGGCGAGCCUGGCUGCGGCAAAACCACUAUCGUCCGCGAAGUGUCUCGCCAUCUCGCCACCACGUACAAUGUGUGCAUCGUCGACACGAGCAACGAGAUAGCAGGUGACGGCGAUGUCCCGCAUGCGUGUGUGGGCUUGGCGCGGCGCAUGAUGGUGCCGUCGCUCGACGCACAAGCUCGAAUCAUGGUCGAAUGCGUCCAGAACCACACGCCAGAGAUCAUGGUCAUCGACGAGAUUGGCCGACCAAACGAAGUCGAGGCCGCGCGCACGUGCAAGCAGCGCGGCGUGCGCAUCGUCGCGUCGGCGCACGGCGACCUCCGGAAACUACUCAAGAACAAGCCGCUGCGAGGUCUUGUCGGCGGUGUCGAGUCGGUGACGGUCGGCGACGCGAUGGCCAAAGCGCGGCAAACGAAGGACGACUCUGGACCGCUGCGCAAGCUCUUGGCGCAGCGCAGUGGCGACCCGAUCUUUGACAUUGUUGUCGAGCUCCAGCGCGGUCAGUUUGAUACGUGGCGCAUUGUGACGGACGCUGCAGCGGCCGUCGACGCUGUUCUUGCGGGCACAUCGUAUGCAGCUCAAGUCCGCACGCGCACGGCGUCUGGCGGUGGUUUCCACCUGCACAAUUGCACUUGCUAAGGCCUAAGCAACGAGGACGGUGGAUCAACGUGGCGAGCCGUGUGAAUUCGCUCAGAUAAGAUUCGAUAAGAGAGCGGCUCUUGGCAUCGAUGACCAAUGAUCAUGACUCACGGUCAUGGUCGGAGGUAGCCAUCUUCAACUCUACAUUUCUCGGCCCCACAGCCUCGCCCGAUCGAAUGACAUGGCGCGUCGUAGUCCCCAAAGUGUCCUCUCUCCAUGUGCCAACUAUGAGCGAUA